AUGGAAAUUAUACUCCUUCAACAGGAUCAGAGAUCCUCUGCAAAUCCGAUGACACCCAAAAAGCUUCAUAUCGUCGAUCACAAUUCCAAGCCCAAAACCAAACUCGGCCCACCCGCCGCGCCGCAGAAUUCUGCCCCAUCUUCAUCAACCACCACUCUACCGUCCGAUAAGAGGACCCGGGACCUUCCAAAUUUAUCCGAUUGUCAUUGCUGCGGGAUCCGAAUCAAUCACAGCAACCCGAAAGAUCAGCUGCAACCAUUGGACAGCGUCUGGCGCAUUGUUCUUUUGUGUAGAAAAUGCAGCAAGAAAGUUCAAUCAGGCCAAACAUGCUCUUACUGCUUCAAAGAAACGGCGAAUUCAGGUAAUAUUGUUGAAUGUCUUGAUUGUGCUCGCCGAAUUCACCAAGAUUGUGUCAACAAUUACGGGGAUUGCACGCCGUGGUGUUAUUUGGGGUUAGGGUUAGGGUUUAGGGUAUGUGUGGAUUGUUGGGUUCCGGAUUUGCUAAAGAAUUCGGUCAGGAUUCAUAGGAGGAGUGAUAAUAAGGAUGUGGUGAAAUCUUGUGCAACUGAGGGGGAUUUGAAAGACUGUCGGCAGAAGGGGAAGAAGGUGGAAUGUGAGGUGGAGAAGAAGGUGAAGAUGGUAGCCAUUGGAAAGAAGAACUCCUUGAGGAAGUCUGUGGUGGCGAAGAAUGCAGUGGAGUUGGCAGAAACUGCGUUGGAUAUGGCAGAAACUGUGUUGGAUAUGGCAGAUAAGAAUGGUAAGAAAGGUGAUGAUGUCGGUACCGAUGCAGUCGAGGUUGUGGAUGAUGUGGAAUUCGCCAUUCAAUUGCAUAGAGCAAUGAAUAGUUCGCCAAGAAAUUUAAGGAAUCAAUGCGUUGGGAAGUCGAGUUGUUUUGAGAUUUUGAAGAGUAGGAAUUCCGAUAGUUUGUCAUCUAGAAAGUCGGGUUUAGGAAGAAAUAAUGGUGAAGGUAUGAAUCCUGAGACAUGUAUUAAUAUUAUGGAGAACGAAAUACUUAUCAGGACUAGCGAUAAUGAUUAUUGUCUUCAUGCGGAUAACUUGAAACAGGGACUAUUAACUUACAAGCGGGAUAGGAAGAGGAAGUUAUGGCAAGUAGAUGACAAUGACUGUGUGGUUUCUGAAUCUAAGUAUAGUCAGCACGUUGAUUCAAAUGACAAGUUACAUUUAAAUGGCUCUGGGUGUCAAUUGAGAUUCAAUGGUGUUAUCUAUAAGCGGGACAAAAAGAGGAAGUUAUGGCAUGUAGAUGAUGACGAUGCCAUGGACUCUGAAUCUAUGUUUAAUCAGCAAGAUGAUUUGAAGUACAGUUUACAUUCAAAUGGUGCUAAGUCUGGGUGUCCGUUGACAAGUAAUGGCGAUAUUUACAGGAGGGAUAAAAAUAGGAAGUUAUGGCAAGUAGAUGAUGACAGUGUCAUGGUUUCUAAAUCUGAGUUUACUCGGCAAGAUUUAGAGUGUCCUCUGAAUUCCAGUGACGCAAUAGAAAGAUUUAGGCAAGAGCCUAUAAUUUACAAGCGGACUAGGUUCAGGUUGAAGACAUGCCAAGAAAAUGGCAAGGUACUUGUAUUUGGGGAAUGUACUUCUGGAUUUGACAACAGUGUGGCCUUGGAACCUCAGUAUUAUCAGCAAGAUGAUUGGAAGCAUGAGUUGCCUCUGGGAGACAGUAGGGAUAGUUGUGCAGUAAAAUGUGAUGUUGAGAUAACUUUGCUGCCUGACCGCUAUUUUUUUAAGUAUGGUUCGAGGCGAACUGGCGCCAAAUCAGGCUCAAUUUGUGAAACCGAGCUGCAUUCUGAUGCAUCUCAGAAUGAAAAUCAGGCGGCUGUUUCUUCUUUGGUUAAUAGAAAUUCUAGUUGGCUUGUAAAGUGUGAUGACAAAUUGAUUUUGUCAGAUGGAAGUUUAUACAAAGAGCCCGAUCCCUAUUUUUUGAAGUAUGGCCCAAGGGUGACAUGUUCAAAAUCUGGCUCAAAUUGUGAAACCUACCUGCAUUCUGAUGAUUUGCAGAAAGAAAAUCAGGCCUCUGCUGCUGGAUUGACUACGAAUCGUUGUUCAAAAUCUAGGACGCUAUCUAAUUGGUCCAUUUGUAGAAGAACCCUAGAUAAAACAGUCUAUUCUAAACCUUACCAUGGUUGGAGGCAAGAAAGUGAUUUUGAAAUGUUAUGUAUUUCAUUAGUUAUUCAGUGGAAUCUGUAA